AUACUGGGCACAGUCCCAAAUAUAGUGGCUUGGUCUCAUCCAAGUCAGCCUCAUUAGAGCAAAGAGGUCUGUGCGUCGUAUGAAGCUUACUCAGUUACGCAUAUAAAGCUACAGAUCCCACGAGCUCGGCCACUAACAGUGGUUAAGCAUUGCGGAUAUGUCGCCAGUCAACGGGAGCCUUUCGCAAACCGAGAUAUACCAACCAGCGAACGAGAUCAAGACCAACGACGGCGUAGCUCUCCGCUACAUAUCGGCUGGGUCAGGCCCGCCUCUCCUCCUUAUCCAUGGAUGGUCCCAAACUGCAGCACAAUGGAGUAAACAAAUCGUCGAGUUCAAGAGGACACGCCGUGUCAUAGCGAUUGAUCUUCGUGGACACGGCGAGUCCGACAAGCCAGGCCACGGAUAUCGCAUCUCACGACUUGCAGCAGACGUCCACGAUCUCAUUACUCAACUCGACUUGAACGACCUCACAGUUGUCGGACACUCUAUGGGAUGCUCGGUCAUAUGGUGCUACCUCGAUCUUUUCCCCGGAACCCGAAUAUCGAAGCUGGUCUUCAUCGACGAACCCGUAAGCCUGGCAAUCAACCCAGCCUGGAGCGAGGAAGAGGCAAAACUAUCCGGUGCUGUCUUCAGCUCUGCUGCCGCGUACGAUCUUGCCGCCGCACUCCGCAGUUCGGAUGGCGAAGCGGCAUCCGUAGGGGUGCUGGCGUCGAUGAAAACGUCGGAGAUGUCCCAGGAAGACUUCGACUGGAUAGCGGCACAAAACCUGAAGAUGCCCCGGAAACUGGCGGCUGAGCUGUUUCUUCCGCAUGCUCUGGCGGAUUGGAGCGACGUGAUAUCACGGAUCAAACUACCAACUCUCGUAAUCAGCGGCGAGGCGAGUAUGAUUGCGAGCACUGCGGCGCCAUGGAUUGCAGCGAGGAUUGCUGGAGCGAAGUGUAGGGUCUUGUCGAAGGAAGAGAGAGGAAGCCAUUUCAUGAUGUGGGAAAAUCCGGCCGUGAUUAAUGCUACACUAAGAGAGUUCUUGGAAGAUGCCUCUUAAAAUAGGGCGAUGAGUCAUCAUGAAUCAGCGAACCUCGAAUAACUCUUAAGUAGAUAUCAAACAAACCAUACACUGGACUUUGAAAGCCACCUUUGCGACAUACCCGGCAUUCUUGCAUCGCUUUGUCCUGAAAAAGCUUAGUACUUAAAUUAAAUAUAUGAAGCUCCUUUCGAGAAGUUACCUUAGGGGAACGAUUGAUACACAUUAUGGGUACAUACCUCUACUGAUAUGCUGCUUUACGACUGGCCUGCUCGAUAGUGUGAGCUAUAACAAUUG